AUGGCCUACCAUGACCCCCGCGCACGAACAGGCGCGGCGGCGUCGAGCGGCCCGUCUUCCGACUCCAACGGCGCCGGAUAUGGGUCGCUGAGUCGAUCAACAGGCUUGGGCGGUGGUGGGAGCUCGUCAAACGGCGGCGGCUCCUACCCCAGUGCUGGCGCUGCAAGCGGCCAGCAAGGGCUCCAUCCAUCGCCGUCGCCCCAGCAUCAGCAGCAGUACGGCCAGUACGACUAUCCGCUGUACGGUGGAUACGAGUAUGGACGCAACAGCAGCAGCAGCAACACCGCCGGAGGGCCAGGCCCGGGCACGGCAUCGAGCAACAACAACACCGCCCCGGUGUCGUCCUCGAGUAUGCUGGCCAACACCAACAAUUCACAAGCGCCCGACUCAACCACCGCCCCGACAAUGCAAAGCAGCCCCACGUACCCCUUCUACCAGCAGCAGCAGCAGCAGCAGACGCAGCAAAACGGCGGCGGCGGCCCGGGAGGCAUGCCGAGUGCUUCAUCUUCUGCGUCCGCAUCAGGCCACGCUGCAGCCGGCCCUUCCUCUUCCCAAGUCGUCUCUGGGCAAAGUGGAUCUGGCAGCGUCAUGGCGCCGCUGCCCGAGCACAUCGAAGCAGGCAUCAUGGCGUCGUCGACGUGGCUCCUGCAGCCCGACGGCGAGUACCAAGUGUCGUUUCCCGAGAUCGGCACAUCUGGCGAUAUAGCUUCCAACAACUCGGCCACUCAACCCCAGCCGUUCCAGCAACCGUCUGAUUUAAGAACCAGCCCAACGGCUUCUUCUCAUCUCUCUCACACUCCCCUCCCCAUUCAUCAACAACAACACCCAAAGGCAUACACUUUUGCCUCUUCGUUCACACCAUCAGCCGCCCCCACCAUCCAAAACACUGAGCCCCUCAUCGUCUCCGACGCCGACGACAUUUCCGGCUGGCGUCUCGCCAUCGAAUCUACCCCAUUCACGUCUGGUCUCGAAGGCAUCUCAGGCCUCCCCCUCCAGGUUUACCACGCCACGACGGCACUUGGCGCCGCCCCUCCCCCUCCAUUCCCCGCCAACAUGCGCCACGCUACAGAAUGGCCACCCUCCAAGAUGGCACCGUACGACAAGGAGGUUGAACAGUUGACACUGUACGUCAACGAACUUAUCAAUCUGCUCGCCGACUUUGCUGUCACCCCGGAGAACCCCACGCCGGCACCCCCGCCGCCGUACCUGCACACCCGUGUCUCGCGUUAUGCAACCCUGGUUCGCGAGACACUCGCCUCGCUCGAAUCACGCUCCCAGCCCUACCUUGACCCGACCUUUGUUCAGCCCCCGCCCAGCCGCGAGAUGUCUGAAGCUGAGCGCGAGAUGGACCUCAUCCGUGCCCGCCGUGAAGUGCUGCGCGACAAGGCCCUCCAAGCCAAACGUGACAUUGCCACGGGGGGUGGUGCCCCAGGUUCCCGCCCACGCCAGUCCUUGCCUCCUCCAGGCGUCAUGCAGCAGCAAGGAUACCCGUCCGACCAGCGUACCGGUCCCCGCCCGGCCCCGCUUUCGUCUCGCCCCCAGCAUGAGAUUUGGCACUGCCAAUCGUGCCGAACGACACAGGCGAGCGAGUGGAAUGACGGACCCGGCGGCCCGCGCAGUCUGUGCGACCAGUGCUACUUUCACAACGAGCAGCUGCGCCGUAAACGUGACGGUGGCGACGGCGACUUUUCGAGCAUCCCCGCUGGCCCGAGACCGAAUGGCAUUGGCCAGGAAGCCGAGGAGAAGCGUGUCACAACGCCAAGCCCGUCCUCGCUGCUCAAGCGCUGGGCGGGUGGCCGGCAGACACAUUUCUACUCCCUCAAUCUGGGCAUCCCCGGUCUCAUAUAUUCCCAAUCUACACGGACACGACAAGGGCUACACACGCAAGAGAUGACCAAGUUUCGAAGAUUUCAGACAAGAUUUGAGAAAAUGGCAGAGAACGAGCGACCGAAUAACCAACCACCUUCCACAUCAAGCUCCAUCAAGCUCCAUCAAGCUCCAUCAAUGUGCGGCUGA